UCUCCGGUCAAGAAUAAAGAAACACAGAUUAAAAACAGUUAGAAAAUAAUUCUAAUUUUAAUUAAUUAAAAUAAAAAAAUGUCACUGUGACUUGACUCGCGGCUCCAUCGGCACCCAUGGUCCAUUUCCCGGGCACGCGCACCGGACAGCCGGUCGAGAUGUUUGAUUCGUCGUGGAGGGUGCGCAGCAUUUGGGACGGGGUGAGGCUGGAGCUGGCGGAGGACCGGGGCCCGGUGGUCCUGCACAGCCUCACGCACCUGGACCCGGACCUGCCGCUGCUGGAGAGCUCGACGCAGGAGAUCGGCGAGGAGGCCGAGGAGGACGCUGUCUUCACCAUCACGCUGAGGAAGGUGCAGCUGCACCAGUCGGCCAGCAAGGGGCAGCGCUGGCUGGGCGUGGACACGGACUCCGCCCUCAGCCUCUACGAGACCUGCAAGGUGCGCACCAUCAAGGCCGGCACGCUGGAGCGGCUGGUGGAGUACAUGGUGUCGGCCUUCAGAGGCAAGGACUCAACCUACGUCACCAUCUUCCUCUGCACCUACCGCUCCUUCGCCUCCACGAGGCAGGUGCUGGACAUGCUGCUCAACAGGUACGCUAAGCUACAAAACGUCCCGGCCGUCGCGGCACAUCGAGUUUCCCAGGACGACUGCACCGAGCUGAGGAACACCGUCUCCUCCAUCCUGGGCGCCUGGUUGGACCAGUACCACGAGGACUUCUGGACCCCCCCGAGCUACGACUGCCUCCACCAGCUUAUGUCCUACCUGCACCGCCACUUCCCCGGCUCGGACUUGGAGCGCCGCGCCCGCAACCUGCUGGCCCACUUCCACCGGCGGCAGCAGAGCGAGCCCGAAGGCGCUGACGGGACCCGGGCGGCACGGGAGAGGGACGGCGGCGAGACGCCCGGACACAGGGGCGAACACGUCGGAUGCCCCUUCGCCACGCAGGAAGAGAGCGGCUUCGAGGAUGAGCUUCCUGCCUUCAGCUUCUUGUCCUUUGACCCCAUCAUGGUGGCGGAGCAGUUCACACUCAUGGACGCCGACCUGUUCAAGAAGGUGGUGCCCUACCACUGCCUGGGGGGCAUCUGGUCCCAGCGGGACAAGAAGGGGAAGGAGCACCUGGCCCCCACCAUCAGGGCCACCGUGGCCCAGUUCAACUCCGUCACCAACUGCGUCAUCACCACCUGCCUCAGCAGCCCCAUGCUGAAGCCCAACCAGAGGGCCCGGCUGCUGGAGCGCUGGAUCGACGUGGCCCGGGAAUGUCGGAUCCUGAAGAACUUCUCGUCUUUGCGAGCCAUCCUCUCCGCCCUGCAGUGCAACGCCAUCCACCGCCUGAAGAGGGCGUGGGAGGAGGUGUCCCGGGAGAGUUUCCGCAUCUUCCGCGAGCUUUCCGAGAUCUUCUCCGAUGACAACAACUACUCCCUCAGCCGAGAGCUGCUGGUGAAGGAGGGAACGUCAAAGUUCGCCACGUUGGAAAUCAACCCCAAACGAGCUCAGAGGAGACACCAGCAGCAGAGAGACCACUUGGGAGUGAUGCAGGGCACGAUUCCCUACCUGGGGACCUUCCUCACGGACUUGGUGAUGAUGGACACGGCCAUGAAGGACUACACGGAGGGUGGUCUGAUCAACUUUGAGAAGAGAAGAAAGGAGUUCGAGGUGAUCGCUCAGAUCAAGCUACUCCAGUUGGCCUCCAACAACUACAGCUUCACUCAGGACAGUCACUUCAGGGACUGGUUUGCCGGCGUGGAGAAACUCAGCGAGGCAGAGAGCUACAACCUGUCCUGUGAGAUCGAGGCUCUGUCGGAGUCGGCCAGCAACACGCUGCGCGCCAAGAAGAACGGCGGCAUCAUGAAGCGCUGGAGCGACCGCCAGCUGACGGAGGCCGGCUGCAGCGGCGCUCCGGGCUCUCACUCCAAGUCCUUCGACCACUCUCACUACCGGCCGUACCAAGGAGGAGGGGGGGACAGUGGCGACGCUCUCAGCGUCACCUCCGUCAGCUCCAGCGGAUCAGACCUGGAGGACGUGAACGCCAGCUUCCUGUCCGACUCCCCGGAGGGACACGAGAGGAAGACGUCAACUCCCUCGGGGAAGCUCACCGUCUCUGCUUUGGGGAGAGACGCUCCGGCAGCCGACACGACGUCAACGUUUUGGGAGUGCACCUCCCUCUCCUCCCUGGACACGUCGGGCUCUGCCUCGGGCUCCAGCAGCGCCUCCUCCUCCUCCGUCUCCUCCUCCACGCCGCUGUCCGCCUCGCGCUCGCACAAGCGCUCGGUGUCGGCGGUGUCCACGUACUCCACGCUGUCGCUGCCGCUCUACAACCAGCAGGUGGACGACUGCUGCAUCAUCCGGGUCAGCCUGGACGUGGAGAACGGCAACAUGUACAAGAGCAUCCUGGUGACGAGUCAGGACAAGACGCCGGCCGUCAUCAGGAAGGCAAUGAUCAAACACAACCUGGAGCGAGAAAAGACCGACGAGUAUGAGCUGAUGCAGAGGAUCUCUGAGGACAAAGAGCUUCGUAUCCCGGACAAUGCCAACGUCUUCUACGCCAUGAACUCCACCGCCAACUACGACUUUGUGCUGAAAAGGCGGGGCCUGGGGCGACCGAUGCGCGCCAAGAACGUGGCGAGCUCGACGCUGCCACGCAUGAAACAGAAGGGCCUGAAGAUCGCCAAAGGGAUUUUCUGAGGGAAGAACUUGUCUACUCCCUGAUCCCCUGAACUUCAGAGGGCGUGUGCGCCCCCUGCUGGCCCGGAGUUGUACAUACGGAAGCCGCGGAAUGGUUUCUUCAGGGAACUUUUUUUUCUUGCUCGUUGUACCGACGCCUUUACCGACCAAUCACGCCGGGACUCUUUUUGAGGGAUCCGAGACUAUGUGAAUGUGUGAGCGCUGCCAUGACACAGAGGGGGGGGGGGGGGGGGGAGAGACUGAGAUCCAUGAAUCACAUGCCACCGCCUACUUUUCUUUCUUUGAAGUGGAGACCAGGAGAAGAACAAGAGAGCCGAGAACAGACGGCGUGUACAUAGACGUUGAUUAACGCCGGCACUAUUUUAUUUUGACAUUUUGUCCAUAUCAACGGAUUUUCUUCUUUUUCUUCUUCUUUUUCUUCUCCUUCUUUAUCUUCUUCUUCUUCUUCUUUGCUGUUUUCAGAAGAUAUUGUUUUUAAUCUUUUAAACCAAUAGAAGCCAAUAGAAACAAAAACAAAACAGGCAAAAAUAAGAAUUAUAAGAUAUGUAAUGAAUUAAUUCUUAAAUUUGAAUUGCCACGAAUGGCAAAUUCAUCUUCAGAUUGUUUUUCGUAAAGAAAUACAGAAAUAUUUUGACCCUGAAGUCAAAUAAUUUUUGUGUCAACAGCAAAUUAUAAAUUAAUUGGUAAUUAAAAUAAUUACAUAUUUGGAUAAUAUGUAGAAAUACUGCAAAUACAAACUGAUAUAUAUACAUAUAUAUAUAUGUAUAUAUAUAUAAUAUUAGAAUAUAUAUUAUUUAACAAUCACACAUAAAUAUAUAUAUAUAUAUAUGGAUAUAUGUGAUUGUGAAAGAAUAAAUAUUCCAUCAGAUUAUUAUGUCACAAAAUCCCCAAAAAUGUUGGGGACGGCAAAGAAGAAUCCCUCUUUUUCUCUCCUCUCUCUCUCUCAGAAAGUGUGGGGAACAAUUUUGGUGAUAAUUUUUUGGGGUCGAAACACAGAAAAGCUCCCUGAAAACGUCGGUGAGACGCAGAACAAACUUUUCUUUCUCUUUCUUUAAGGGACAGUUCGACCUUCUCGUGAAGCGCUUCAGUCGAAAACAAAGUUGAGAUAUUUUCCAACCAGCUGCGAAGCGUCAGCGGUCACUUCUUAAGGAUUCUGAUGAACAGAAUCAAACAGGUCAAAACCACAGCGGUGGUGAUGUACCACCAACAUUCCUCCUGAAACAAAAGGGACCCAAAAGUUGAUGAGCGCAGCUUCUCAUUCAUGGAUUUACUUUGAUUUCUUUACCUUUUUUUAUUUUCUAUUUUCCUGACUUGUAAACUGGCUCUUAAAUCUGCACUUAAUGCCUCUUACAUGUGGGAGGAGUCCAUUUCCUCAUCGACCGGUCCGCGCAGGAGGAAGAGGAAAUAAAUAAAAGUAUUAUGAGUCUGACGAGGACGAAUCAGAUGAGGACGUUAAAGAGUUAAAAAGGAGCGAGGAUAUAAACCACGCGUGAAGUUUCUCUCUCCUCCGAGGCCACAAACCGUUGUUAGACACGUCGAGACGGUCGGAGCCCCGUGAACGCGUUUGCAUUGCACCCUGGGAAGCGUAGGAAAUCACAGAUGUUCAACAGACAUUCUUCUGCAUGAAGUUCACAAUACUGAUCAGAUGAAUGAAGCCCCACCCACCUCCCUAAUGGCAGGAGGCCUCUGUUGAACACUGUGACCUUUGACCCCGUUCACUUGGCCUGACGUCGGGGUGAACAUUGGCUCGACGGGCGUGACCUCCAUGUGCCAAAAAAAAAUAAGCGAGAAAAAGAGAAACCGUUACUUUUAACAGACGAGAGUCCCCUUUGCCUUUUUAAUAGUGAGUUUAAAAAAGUUUGUAUGUUUACUGUUGUCGCAUUUUUCUGGAAAACAAAACAACAACAACGACAAAAUAAAAGGGGUGAGAACACUAUAUGAUGUCUGGACCCGUCGUCCAAGAAACUUGAAGUGAAGAAGAAGAAGAAGAAGAAGCUGUUGGAGAAACACUUUCAUUCAUUUUUGUUAUUUAAAAAAAAAAAAAUCAGGAUCAAACAGCUGCCAAAUUAUCAAAUAUUUUAAAAAAUAUAUAUUUUUAAUCCAAACAGACGUCGGAGCUAAUUUCUGUUUGAAUCUGCCGAGUGUCUCCGGACACGUUUCCUUUCCUUUAAUCCAAGUUUCCGGGAUUAAAAAUCAUCUGAUUCUGGUGAAAACAAAACAACAGAAGAGGUUCAGUGAGGUAUUUAAGGACCUUGAAUGCACCGCAGUGACUGUUUUGAUAAUUGAUAACAGACUGAAAACGGGAGCCUGAACGCAGCGCGGCUCCUCCCCUUUAUUCCCAGUGUUCCCAGUUGUUUCUGCAGCAGCUCCGUCUCGUAAACAUUGUGCACACGAGUGGAACUUUUAAAAGAUGUCGGACUGGUGUGUGUGUGUGUCUCGUAGUGUUGACAAUGACGUACCUUUUUUAAUUAUUUUUUGUGUGUGUGGUUUUUGAACGAUUCUGUGCGAGUUUGAACAAAAACAAGAAGAGAGAGAAGAAGAAAAAACAUAGAAAAUACUGGAAACGUGUUUUUAAUUUUUUUAAUGUUUUUGUUUUGUUGCCUGAACUGUGCUCGGGUGCCAUUUUUCCAAUUGAAAGAAAACAAAAGAAUGUCAGACCUUUUCUAACUGCAGUCUCAUCUUCUUGUUUUUGUUUUCCUACUUGUUUCCCCCCCAAGAACACAAACACUUGUGUAUAAUACAAAACUGUCCUUAUUACUUUUGUUUAUUUAUUGAUUUGUAUAUAAAGAUUUUUGUUUUGCAUUGUA